CCCACACACUCACCCACACCCCGCCCCAGCACCCACACCAUGGCCGCCUCCACCCUGUCCGUCUGCUCCAGCGACCUGAGCUAUGACAGCCGCGUCUGCCUGCCCGGCUCCGGCGACUCCUGCCCCGACUCCCCCUGGCAGGUGGACGACUGUCCCGAGAGCUACUGCGAGCCCCCCUGCUGCGCCCCGGCCUCCUGCCUGACCCUCCUCUGCACCCCUGCAAGCUGCGGGUCCAGCUCCUGCCCACCAGCCUGCCCCGGCUCCUGCCAGCCCUCGUGCGGCAGCUGCUCCCCCUGCCAGGAGGGCUGCUGUGUGUCUGUCUGCUGCAAGCCCGUGUGCUGCACCCCCGUCUGCUGCAAGCCCAUCUGCUGCACCCCUGUCUGCUGCAAGCCCGUCUGCUGUGAGGCCUCCCCUUGCUCAGCCUCCCCCUGCUGCCAGCAGUCUAGCUGCCAGCCCUCCUGCGGCAGCUGCUCCCCCUGCCAGGAGGGCUGCUGUGUGUCUGUCUGCUGCAAGCCUGUGUGCUGUACCCCUGUCUGCUGCAAGCCGGUGUGCUGCACCCCUGUCUGCUGCAAACCCGUCUGCUGCCAGGCCUCCCCCUGCUGCCAGCCCAGCCCCUGCAGACCCUCUUCCUGCGUGUCCCUCCUCUGCCGCCCCGUGUGCAGGCCCGCCUGCUGCUCAUCCUCUUCCCCUUGCCAGUCCAGCUGCUGCCGCCAGGCCUCCAGCAUAUCCCUGCUGUGCCGUCCCAUGUGCUCCCGCUGAUGGGAUACGUGCCCCCGGGGCGCUGGGCUCAGGCCCCACCCAGCCCUCACCUGUGCUAGGUAGCUGCCCCUACCCAUGAUGGGGUGCCCCUACCCAUGAUGGGGUCCCCCUGGCUGUCCAGUCUCCUGAGCUGACUUCACCUCUUCCCUCCUAAGAACGCUGACCCUGCGGCUCUCCGGGGCUCCUGCUCCCGGGACGCACCUCCACCUGCCCUGGGUCACCUGCCUUCCCUCCCAGUUCCUCAGCUCGG